AUGAUGCUGUCACUCGUUUAUGCGUCUAUACUCCUUGCUGCUGGCAGCACUGCAUCUCCAUGUAAACUGCACUCUGGAAACUGGACCUCGUCUUCAACAACAGUAGCAAAAGCUGCUCUCCAUCGUGAUGGUCAUGGCAGUGCAGCUGUCAAUCAGAACCAGAAGCUUGGCACUCAAGCCAACGCCGGGCUGAACCUGCCUUUGCCAUAUUCUCAGGAAUCGUCUGCGCCGUCUAGCACCAGCGCAAGCAAUGCUGGUCCGAGUGUUGCUGCUUCGGGUUCGUCUGGUCCUUCUAGUGGCUCCGGCAGCUCCGACACAUCUGGCACGUCUGACACCUCUGCCUCCCUAACUCCCGCGAGUGGAAGCUGUCCGCAGGGUUUCCUCAACACCGUGUUCAACACCAAUGCCGGCCAAAGUUCUGGCUUCCCCACCGCUACUUCGAAUACUCUCACAGAAUACGGAAUAAACAACUGGAUCGGCUUUUCCCUCGAUACUCUCGACAAGCAAGCCGAUUACGACCUUUCCGCCACUCAAGCAUCCCAGCUCAGCGGUGCCUUCAAUAAAGCUCAGAUACCCAUUGUCAUGGACCACACCUACAUACAAGACGCUGUCGGAAUGCUAGCAAACAACCCGCCACUAUAUCUCGAACUCUACAACGAGCCCGACUUCUCUUUCGAAAACCUGACACUCACCGAAGAGCCUGCUCCCUCUGCUUCAGACCUAAAAACCCUCCUCGACACACCACACCCAAACACGAAAUUCAUCUCGCCAGCCCUUAUGGAUGCCAAUGGUCCCUGGCUCGGCGAAUUCUUUCAGGCCUGCAAUGGCUGCAUCGAUGACUUCCACGCUAUCGCCCUGCACGUAUAUAACCCCGAUCCUCAAGGCGUCCUGGACCAGAUUACACAAUUAUACGGUACGUGGAACAAGACCAUCUGGAUCACGGAACUUUCGCCCGCUACCGCCGGCUGCGACUUAAAUACGACUACAAUGGCCACCUACAUCAGUACAUUGAUUCCCGAAAUCCUGAAGCUCGGUUACGUCGAGAAGAUCUUCUGGAAUAGUGGGGAAAGUGACAGCACGACUAUCAACCAAGCCCCUGCGGCGUGCAGCCCGAGUUUGACCAAUUCAGAUGGGUCGUUCACGCCGGCGUUGCAGGCUCUGGGGGCUGCGUGUGGAAUCAAUCCUGGCACCGCGACGUCAUAA